AUGGGUACUAGUUCGAAGGAAGCCAUACAUAUUACGCAUACAAAUAAACAUUAUCUAUCUAUCUAUCUAUCUAUCUAUCUAUCUAUCUAUCUAUCUAUGUCUAUUCGUAUAUUUCAAUUACCCCCCACCUCCGAUACUUUUAUAAUACCUUUCUUUUUUUUUUCUUUCUUUCUUUCUUUCUUUCUUUCUUUCUUUCUUUCUUUCUUUCUUCUUCUUCUUCUUUUCUUCUUCUUUUCUUCUUCUUCUUCUUCUUCUUCUUCAACAGUCCUUUCAUCUAUAGCCUAUUCACAUCUAUCUUUCUAUCUAUCUAAGCCUAUUCAUAUCUAUCUAUCUAUCUAUCUAUCUAUCUAUCUAUCUAUCUAUCUAUCUAUGCCUAUUCACAUCUAUCUAUCUAUCUAUCUAUCUAUCUAUCUAUCUAUCUAUCUAUCUAUCUAUCUAAGCCUCUUCACAUCUAUCUAUCUAUCUAUCUAUCUAUCUAUCUAUCUAUCUAUCUAUCUAUCUAAGCCUAUUCACAUCUAUCUAUCUAUCUAUCCAAGACACAGAAGUGGCAACAAAUUUUUUACCAAUAUCAACUACGUUAACUGGCUGCAUGAACCUAUCAUCCUCACUGGGUGGUCAUCCGUGAUCCACGAUAGCCAUAAUAGUCGUCUUCGUGUGGCUACACGGGCAGAUACACUUCUCCACUUUCUAUUUAUAUCUAUCUAUCUAUCUAUCUAUCUAUCUAUCUACACUAUAUCAACAGAAUAA